UGUCAUAGCUGCACAUCCUUCUAGUUGCUGUAUGUGGGACGCGGCCUCAGCAUGGCCAGAGAAGUGGUGUGUCGGUGGGCGCCGGAUCCGAACCCGGGCCGCCAGCAGCGGAGCACGUGCACUUAACCACUAAGCCACAGGGCUGGCCCCUGAAAUUCUAGUUUAACUGGACGUCCUGUAUUUUAUCUGGCAACCUUAGCCUGAAGGACCCCCUGUCCUGGGCUCUGGUAUCCAGUAGCAAGGCUAGGAUCGUCUAGGACUGUGUCCAACUAGGAAACAGGUACAAAGUUUGUGUAAGCUGUCAGAAUCAGCUAUUGCUAGCUGCUAAGCCGCUUUUAGCUCCAAGCCUAAUGGGCCAGCCUCGGGGGCCCCCUGGCAAAAGCUGGGCCUGUUUUCAGGGUUCCCAUGGCGGCGCCAUCUGUGUUCCGUUUCACAGCUGGAGUUGGGCAGGGUUGGUCUUCUGUUAGGGGAAAGCUGAGGACCAUUAGGCUAAGUGGCCAAUGGCUAGAAGUUGCCAGGUUUUUUUUAGUUUGGUGAGGAAGAGUGGCUCUGAGCUAACAUCUGUUGCCAAUCUUCCUGGUUUUUUGCUUGAGGAAAAUUAGCCCUGAGCUAACAUCUGUGCCAGUCUUCCUCUAUUUUUUCUGUGGGUUGCUGCCACAGCAUGGCUUGACGAGUGGUGUAGGUCCAUGCUGGAGAUCCCAAUCACUAACCCUGGGCAGAAGCGGAGCAGGCUGGACUUACCUACUAUGUCUCCAGGCUGGCCCCCUUGCCAGGUUUUUUGAGUGUGGGAUAAGUGGUGUUUGGGGUCCAGGUUUAUGUGUUAACAGUGGGCAGUGUCAGAGAGCCCCAGGAUGUCAAGGGGAGAUCAUUAGUCUUAAUCUCAUCCCACCUCUUGUUUUGCAGUGAAAGAAAUGGAGGUGUCCCUGUGGUAGAGCUGGAGCCUGAUUCCCAGUCUCCUUCCCCUGCUCUGUCCACCCUCGCUGCUGCAGUCAGCUGGCAGUAUUUAUGGUGAAUCUUUAUUAAAGUAGAUACCUUUUUAGAGAUGAGCUUUUUGGGGAUUUAUUGUCCCUAAAACACCUCUACAGCCUCCUGACAGUCACCCCAAGGCUUCUGUAGUCUUUACCCUGCCCGGUGGGGAAAAUGACUAUUUGGCUUCAGCUGUGGGAGCCUGGCCUUUGCCUACUCCAGCCAGUUGGCUCUCACCCCUGUGGGUGGUGUGACCUAAUAUGUAGCUUUUUAUGUUGCAGCCAAAAGGCCUGUUCUUGGCAGGGGUGGGUCUGGCCAGCCUUGUAGGUGGAAGGGCAUCCUUUUAUGUCCUGCAGAUUUGGCCCCAUGGUACAUGGCCUCAUGUGUUGUCUAGGGACUUCUCUAAGGUCCCACCACGAGCCGGACUUUGCUGCCACUUCUGAUUUGAACCUGAACCUCUUGCUGGAACCGGUCCUGAGUGCUAGGAUUUCUUAGGUUGUAUGCCUUGAGGAUGUGGUCUGGGCCUGCCUGUUAGUGCCCCAGUGAACCUACAGCCUCUCCACACCGACCUAGCCUCCCCAGGCUCCCCAGCCCAGACCCAUGAGCUAAUGAAAUAGAGCAGGCUGGAGGUCACUGGGCUUGGGGUCAGUUGGUGGGACAGCCAGCAGCCUUCUGGCAACAGAAGUGAUAAAGAGGCAAAGAAGGAGUGCCAGAAAGAGCCAUUGCUCCUGGGUGAGAGCUCAGAAGUGCAGGGGGUGGAAAAGAGUGUGGGUGGGAGCCCACUGAUAGGACCCGCUCCUUCCGUGAAUGAUUAACUCUCAGCCAAAGGGAGUGACCUAGGAGGAGGGCUCAGCUAACAGGACCUUUGGACUCAGGGCACAGUGUCCAGAUGGCUGGCUUGUGACCUGCAGAAGAGGACGACAUGGCUGGGUGGCAGGCCUGGGCUCGGAGGUCUGGAGUGAGAUCAGGCAGCUGUGGGCCUCAGGAAGUCUCCUUGGACUGGCAGAUAGCCCAUUCUUGCAGGAGCAGCUGUGGGGUCCACUGGCCCUGAGCCCUCGGAGGGGUGGCUGUGGGCAGCCUCCUGUCUGUGGCCUUGCAACAGCCUCACUAGUGCUUUCUUCACCCUAGACAGCCAUGGGUGCCAGGUGGUGCUGAGAGCAGUGGGGCAUGGCUGCAGCCCUGCAGAUCCUGCCUCGCUUGGCCCGAGCUCCCUUGCGCCCACUUCUCUUGGGGGGCCCAGUGGCCCGGCUGGCCAGUGGCAUGGCCCUGGCAGAGCACGCACGGCAGCUGUUUGAGAGCGCUGUGGGUGCCGUGCUGCCAGGCCCCAUGCUGCACCGGGCACUGUCCUUGGACCUUGACAGUGGGCAGCUGAAGGUGCGGGACCGGAGCUUUCAGCUGCGGCAAAACCUCUACCUGGUGGGCUUUGGCAAGGCUGUACUGGGCAUGGCAGCUGCAGCCGAGGAGCUACUGGGCCAGCAUCUCGUGCAGGGUGUGAUCAGCGUUCCCAAGGGGAUCCGUGCUGCCAUGGAGCGUGCUGGCAAGCAGGAAAUGCUGCUGAAGCCACACAGCCGUGUCCAAGUAUUCGAGGGUGCGGAGGACAACUUGCCUGACCGUGAUGCAUUGCGGGCUGCACUGGCCAUCCGGCAGCUGGCUGAAGGUCUCACAGCUGAUGACCUGCUGCUCGUGUUCAUUUCAGGUGGGGGCUCGGCCCUGCUGCCUGCCCCCAUCCCACCCAUCACACUGGAGGAGAAGCAGACACUCACCAAGCUGCUGGCAGCCCGAGGAGCCACUAUCCAGGAGCUGAACACCAUCCGGAAGGCCUUAUCCCAGCUCAAGGGUGGGGGGCUGGCUCAGGCUGCCUACCCUGCCCAGGUGGUGAGCCUGAUUCUGUCAGAUGUGGUGGGGGACCCUGUGGAGGUGAUCGCCAGUGGUCCCACGGUGGCCAGCGUCCACAGCGUGCAAGAUUGCCUGCACAUCCUCAAUCGCUAUGGCCUUCGUGCUGCCCUGCCACGUUCUGUGAAAACUGUGCUGGCUCGGGCUGACUCUGACCCCCAUGGGCCACACAGCUGUGGUCACGUCCUCAAUGUGAUCAUUGGCUCCAAUGCACUGGCACUGGCUGAGGCCCAGCGGCAGGCUGAGGCGCUGGGAUACCGGGCUGUGGUGCUGAGCACAGCCAUACAGGGCAAUGUGAAAAGUGUGGCUCAGUUCUACGGGCUGCUGGCCCGAGUGGCUGGAGCCCACCUCACCCCAUCUAGGGCUGGAACCUUUAUGGAGGAGGAUGAACAACUCCAUGAACUGGCGGCCAAGCUCCAGCUCCCAGAUCUGCAGCUGAAGGAGGCUCUGGAGGCUGUGGCAGGGACUGGGAGCCCCGUCUGCCUGCUGGCUGGUGGUGAGCCCACAGUGCAGUUGCAGGGCUCAGGGAAGGGUGGCCGGAACCAGGAACUGGCCCUGCGUGUUGGAGCAGAGCUUGGACAAUGGCCACUGGGGCCUAUUGACGUGCUGUUUUUGAGCGGUGGCACCGAUGGGCAGGAUGGGCCCACAGAAGCAGCAGGCGCCUGGGUCAUGCCUGAGCUUGCCAGCCAGGCCACUGCCGAGGGCCUGGAUGUGGCCACCUUCCUAGCCCACAAUGACUCACAUACCUUCUUCAGCCGCUUCCGGGGUGGGGCGCACCUGCUACAUACAGGGCUGACUGGCACCAAUGUCAUGGACGCCCACAUCCUAUUCCUGUGGCCACGGUGACAGCAUAGGUCAUGUUUUGGGAGUCCAGAGGAGGCCUACAGAGCAGUGUCCUGGGGCAGAGCAGGGUUGGUCCCCAGGGCCUCACCAGGCUUUAGGGCCCCUCCUCUCCUUGGCCCUGGCUGCUUGGUUGGCCCUCACACCUCUCACCCAGGGCCUCUGCUCCGUGUCUAUUCCCCCAACCAGACUGGCAGGUGGGGCCUCUCUUCCACCUCUACUUUUCCCAUGGCGGCAGCACCUGAGGACCAAGACGAGCCCCUUGUUCACUGUUCUGGAUCAUCUGCCCCAGGCAGCCCCUCUGCUGAGCUUCUGAGCCUGUUUUUUGUGUGGUGUGAAGCAAGAAGGACUGAAAAUAAAAAGGACCACACUAUGGGUUCUCAAAGCAUUUUCUCUCAGAGCAAAGCCUAGCAGGGAGCUGCUGGGAAGGGGAAUGGGGUUGGGCUGUAGCCUUAGUGCCAGGACCCUACAGGAGUUCCCCACAUCUCUCUCUGAAGGGCACCCUCAGCACUUGUUUCACUUAACAGGAGCCUUGGAGGGUUGAGCCGGGCUCCCAACAUGCUUGAUGUGGGUGGUCAGAAACCCCAGGGAGGACAGGCUGAAAGACUGCGGUCCAGAGGGACUGGCCACCCAUUCAGCUUUGAUUCUCACCUGUGGCAUCCCUGCUGUGGCCUCUCCAGCCUCUGCUGUAUGCCUCGGUGGGCAUAUGCUUACUACCUGCCACCAAGGACGUCCCUCCCUUCUGCCUUUGGACGGCCCUUAGCCGUAGACUGCAUCCUUCCUUGGUUGAGCUGCCCUCUAUUUAUCCUGGGGCUACCCCUAGCUACACAGGACGCUGGACCUUGUUUCCUUGUGGCAGGACCAUUUUCCCAAACUGAACACCCCCAGUUCCUUCAGCAGCUCCUCUGGGGAUGUAGUCUGGUUCCUGGUACGAGCGUUGCAGUGGAGGUCUUCAGCGCUGGGAUGGUGGGUCAGAGGAGUGAUGGGGUCCAGAACCUCCCUGCCCUCCCCCUGUUACAGCUGGCCAGGGAAGAGGCCAGUGGGAGGAGGGGCUCCUUGUCCAGGCUAGGAGCCUGCUCUGGGAGAGAGAGGGGCCGCUGUCCUGGCUCUCCUUGCUCAGUAUCCAAGCCCUUGCUGGCCACCCCCGCCGUGCGCCACGGCUCCAAUCCCUAUAUGAGUGACCAGUAGAAUCACAUAGGAAUAAAAAGCCAUAGAGAACAGCGAGGCCUGGGGCUGCUCCUGCUGGCCCCUCCCUCACCCCAGCCACCCCCUCCUCUCUGAGGGUGUGAGGGGCUCUGGGCCACGGCUGGCAUGCCCUCCACCUCAGAAGAGCCUCCCUUCCCCACUUGGGCCCUGGACAACUUGCAGACGGUUCGUGACCUGGGGAUGUGGCUCCCACUCAGCGGGCUGGGGAUUGGGAGGGAGGUGAGCAAGGUGAG